AGAUGUGUGGAGGGAAAAGAGGAAACAGAAGUGCCAGUGUAGCGGAAGUGGUACUGCCCUGAACGAUACGCUGAACGAGACGGAGGACGGAGGCUGAAUCGUCCAGAGAGAAAAAAAAGGAGGAUUAAAAGUCACCAAUAUUUCUAGAAAAUGGAUAAGAACGACCUGGUACAGAAGGCCAAGCUUGCUGAGCAGGCUGAGCGCUAUGAUGACAUGGCUGCAGCCAUGAAGUCGGUGACAGAGCAAGGCACUGAGCUGUCAAAUGAGGAGCGCAACCUUCUCUCUGUUGCCUACAAGAAUGUGGUAGGAGCACGCCGUUCAUCCUGGCGAGUCAUCUCCAGCAUUGAGCAGAAGACUGAGGGCAAUGACAAAAAACAGCAGAUGGCACGUGAAUACCGGGAGAAGAUAGAAUGUGAGCUGCAGGAAAUCUGCAAUGAUGUGCUCAAACUACUGGACGAGUAUCUCAUUGCCAAUGCAAGUGCUCCUGAAAGCAAGGUGUUCUAUCUGAAAAUGAAAGGAGACUAUUUUAGAUACCUGUCCGAAGUUGCAUCUGGGGACAGUAAGAAAGGUACAGUGGACAACUCCCAGCAAGCGUACCAGGAAGCUUUUGACAUUAGCAAGGGGGAGAUGCAGCCAACACACCCUAUCAGGCUUGGCCUGGCUCUCAACUUCUCAGUCUUCUAUUAUGAAAUCCUCAACAACCCGGACAAGGCCUGCAGCCUGGCUAAGACGGCAUUUGAUGAAGCCAUCGCUGAACUUGACACUUUGAACGAGGAUUCUUACAAAGACAGCACCCUGAUCAUGCAACUACUAAGGGACAACCUGACUCUGUGGACAUCAGAAAACCAGGCAGAUGAGGGAGAGGGUGGAGACGGGGAAAACUAAUGGAAUUGCACUGUUAAUCCACCUACACUCUUAUCUUAAACACAGACAGCUUAUAUACAUCCCCCUCCACUCCAUCAGCCCCUCCCACUUCUGUAUGACAAGCAGCCUGAAUUGCUCCUGACCAACUAGUUUACCCCUCUCAGUUCACUGUGAGGUGACAGGGUAAUUUUGAGUUGUUAGCAGAUUCAGUCACUUUGUGGAAACAUGUUGUAUUGAUUAGUGAGUCCAUGUUGCUGUUGUUUUUGUCGGCUUUGUGUGUAGGUCUGUAUGUAGUGAGCGAGCAAGUGUGAAUGGAUGUGAAAGAUUGUGCGUAUGGUCUGGGGGGGGAGGGGGGUGUUGUGAAAUCUAAUCGUCCUUCCAAAUUCCCUUGUCCCAGCUAGUUUGUUGUGCAUUUUUCAUCCCUUUUUUUGUUACUUUUCUUAUUUGUGAUUCCUCAUGAUAUUUACAGGUUUUAUUGUAUGGUAAUUAAACUGGCAGUUGAUUUCCACCAAACACUGUGAUGGUAGGCGUUCCAUUUGCUUCACAACCCCGAAACAGUUUUUUUUUUUUUUUUUUUUGUGUGUGUGUGUGUUUGAAUUUCCAGACACGUACAAUCCUGUAUUCAACUAACUGCAAUUCUGCUGUGGGCUCAUACAGAAAGGAGGCAGGCUGUAUUGUGACACUGACAUCUUGGUGUAAUGCUCCUCAACCAUGUUCACAAAUUCACAGUUUUAAAGUUCGAAGGGACCCCUUAAAUUGUCAUGUUAGAUUUGUUCAGACAUAAGACAUUCCACAUUAUUAGGCUUCUGGAAAGGCAGUGCUCCUUUUUGCUUUUUUUUUUUUUUUUUUUUUAACUAAGUAUGGAUUGUCAUUGUAGUUUUACUCACUGUUCUGGUGCUGCUUGAUCUCCGUACAAUGAAAAUUGUAUGUGCGUAAAUGUGGUUCCAUGUAUUUUGCAAGAUUGACUAUCAUCUGUAUGUAAAACCUAAAGUAACCUUUUAUUGAUGUUAAUUGAAAAUGUCUUACCACACUGUAUCAACCCUGCUUGCAAAAUAUUCCUCUUAAAAGCGGUUGUUUUCUCCAAGAAGUUUUUCGUGCCUGGCUUUCUCUCGCAGCCUCCAUUUCAUUUAGUUGGCAGCAUCUGCUUGUUGUUUAAAAUCUUAAAGAGAACGAGUUAAUACCACAAAAAAAAAAAUCUUGACCUCAGUUUUUUGUGUGUUUUUUUUUUUUUUUUUUUUUUUUUGUCUAGGUGCAUCUCUCUGCUGUUAAAGAUAGUUGGUGUGGCUUAUCACCUUAAAAAAUCAAAUCAGGUCUACUUUGAUGGUGCAAUUUGGAGAAGCCCAUUUCAUCACUUUGGAAAGAAGCUCAGUGUCACAAUACCAUGUAUCACCACUACAUUCCACAUUAUUGUAGUUGAAGACACCAUUCCACAUUAUAGCUGACGGUCUGUUUACUCUGACAAUGCUCCAAUGAAUUGAAAUCUUAUGUUUUGAAAAAAAAAUCAUGUCAGUUUAUUAUUAUGCUUGAUGAAAAUGCAGUUAGUGAAUGUGGAACGAAGCCUGUCUGUAUAUCAGGUAUCUACUUGCUUUGUUUUUACUGACAAGUCUUAUGGCUAAAAUUUGCUUCUGUAACAGUCUAUUACCCAGUGCACACACGUGGUUGUGAAAAUUUAGAAUAGCUAUAAAAAGCAGUGACGAAAUGGAGAUAAACAAUGGUUGGUGUAAUUCUAGCUUUGUGUUUAUGUAUCUUAAAACCAUUCUAGUUUCACUAUACAUGUAAGAAAUAGGAAAGUGUCAAAGACCAUUCAGUGAAAUAAAGUUUCGUUUAAGAUAACAAA